GCACGACACACCACCCUGAGUCUGUUGUUGUUCGAAAGGCGGUCGGAACUCUCCAGCACUUUUCCUACAUCUACUACACUCCCCUCGGCUGACUCUGACACUCUGGACACUCCAUAUCGCAGCCAUGGGUAAUGUCCUCACCUCGCAGCCUGGAAAGGGCCUCUGGACACUGUUCGCCUUGGCUCUCAAUACUGCUCGGUUCCCACUAUGGAUGCUCUGGUAUCUUCCGCCCUUCCUACGCCAGCACCCAACCUGGAGCUACAGGCAAGCAAUCAUGGUGCAAAUAGUCAAGACGUUUCUGUGGAAUGCCUCAAUGGUCGAGAUCAAGACACCUCUCGCAUUACUCCCUGGCGCCGAGAAGGAGAAAUGGGCAGUCGCAAAGGUCGCUCCACCAAACACCUACACUGGCCCAGCUAGGAUUGAUGGAUCUCUCAAGCCCGAGGACUGUGGAGGAACCUGGUAUCCCACACCCAACCCACUUGGCGGUGUCUACCGACCCAAACUGGUGAUUCUGCACUUCCACGGCGGCGCUUAUGUCAUUGGUGAUGGACGCAAAAAGGAUGCUGCAUUCGCCGCCAAAACCCUGCGGGACAACACUGAUGCGACGUAUGUUUUCUGCCCGCAAUACAGACUGUCCUCGAACCCGGGCUGCAGAUUCCCAGCUGCCCUCCAGGAUGCCAUCACGACAUACUCGUAUCUCAUCAACGAGCGUGAGAUUGACGCGAGCAAGAUUAUCAUCUCAGGUGACAGUGCAGGAGCCAACCUCGCCCUGGCUCUCACGCGCUACAUCACCGAGCACGGCGAGGCUUCUGGUCUCGGAUCCCCCCACGCCACCCUUCUCUGGUCUCCAUGGGUAUCCCCAGCCGGCUCAUUGACAUCAGAGGGUUUCGAUAGCAGCCCCAACGUCAAAACAGACUACAUUACAUCCGACUUCGGAAAGUGGGGCGCGCGGACUUUGCAGCCACUCCCAAGCACUGGUGCCACUUUGGACCAUCCAUAUAUCAGCUUUGCACAGAACGCGUUCGCCACCAAAACUCCCAUCUACAUCUCCACUGGAGAAUGUGAAGUUCUGUUCCACGAUGAUGUCGCGCUGUAUGAGGAGAUGCGCGCGAUUGAGGGCAAUGACGUUCACCUCCAAGUGGAAGAACACGCCGUCCACGACACAAUCCUGGCUGGACCUUUGGUGGGUUUCGAAAAGGAAGCUCAGUUGGCAGCCAAGAGGGCAGGAGAGUGGCUGCGCACUUUGAACCCGACUGGCAACUAGACAAGGUGUUUGCUUUUAAUGUCAGGAGUAACUUUACCUUAUUCACCGUGUGGCUUGAUUGCAGUCUUGGGCAAGUCGGUCAUGUGUACACUACAGUUAGGCAUACCAGAAUCAUCUUCCAUUUUUC